AGGUUGAUUUUCAUUCUCAACGAUCAGCUCGAAGUCAUUUGAUUUUUUUAAUACAACGCAAGUAUCCAAAUUUACAGUUCAAUUGAAAGAUACAAACAUUCAGAUGAAUUUUGGAGGUCAUUAAUAUUUGUGUGUCUGUUCACACACUUGCACUGGUGUAGGACUAAUAAACUGUUUUGUCAUAUGAACAGUUUCAAAAGCAGAGUUCUCGAUUCUGAAUCGAUUCGGUAUUCAAAUGAGAUUGUGACGGUGCAGGUCUGUGUGGGCGUGACCGAGAAACAGAAAAAUGUUUCAAUUUACAGCAAAUUACUGUCAAUUUAUUUUAAAGGUGGUUGUUCGUAGAGUGCAUUACAAAGUUUAUCAUAGUAAAAAAUUAAAUAUACUACAGUAUUUAUUACAGUUUAUCAGUUCACAAUAGUUAAUACUAUAGUAUAGAAUAAAAUGGCUCAAAAACUAUAGUUUUGACUAAUAAUGUAUCGUAUGUUUUUAUGUGGUUUUCCUAAGAAACAGAUUUAGUUUGCAUUCGUCUUCUUUAUUGUUGAUUAUUCUCUUAAACAGACAGAAAAACUCCUGCUGAAGCGACUGAUCUCCACACUGUUAUAAAGAUGGUGUUUAUUAAAGAGGAGAGUGAAGAUGUGAAGAUUGAAGAAACAUUCACUGUCAAACAUGAAGAUCUGCAGGAACAAACAGACCUGUUGGUGCUUAAAGAAGAGACUCACGAACCCAAUCAAUUGGAAGAGAAAGAUCAGUGUGGGAAACACCAAGAUCUAAUGACUGAUAGAAAAUCAAUGCGGACUAGAAAGACUUCAUCAUACCAAAGAGUUCAGAAAACCAAAAGUAACCGUUAUUUCACUUGCCAUCAGUGUGGGGAGAGUUUCUGUCAACAAAAAGACCUUAAAGUCCACAUGAGAGCUCACACUGGAGAGAAACCGUUCGUCUGUCAACAGUGUGACAAGAGUUUUGGUCGAAAACAAAAACUUGAAGUGCACAUGAGAAUUCACACGGGAGUGAAGCCAUUCGCCUGCAACCAAUGUGGGAAGAGUUUCACUCAAAAAGGAAGUCUUGAAGUCCACAUGAGAAUCCACACCGGAGAGAAACCGUACAAAUGCCAACAGUGUGCAAGGAGAUUCAGUCACAUAGAAAGCCUUAAAGUCCACAUGAGCGUCCACACUGGAGAAAAGCCCUUCAUCUGUCAACAAUGUGGAAAGGGUUUUACUCAGUCAGAACGCCUGAAAGUCCACAUAAGAAUUCACACCGGAGAGAAACCUUACGUUUGCCUUAAGUGCGCAAAGAGUUUUACACAGAAAGGAACCCUAAAAAUCCACAUGAGAACUCAUUCUGGAGAUAAAUCUUUCACCUGCUAAAUAUGUGGGAAAAGUUUUCCUCUGAAACUAAACCUUCAAGCCCACAUGAGGACUCACAGCAGAGAGAAGCGGUUUCCAUGUGAUCAGUGUGGAAAGAGCUUCACAACAAAACAAGAACAUUCACAUGAACAUUUACAUUUAUUCAUUUUCCGCCGCUUUUCCGGGGCCGGGUCGCGGGGGCAGCAGUCUUAGGAGAGAACCCCAGACUUCCCUCUCCCCAGACACUUCCUCCAGGGCAAUCCCAAGGCGGUUCCAGGCCAGCUGAGAGGCGUGUCCUGGGUUUCCCCGAGGCCUCCUCCCAGUAGGACAUGCCUGGAACACCUCUCUAGGUAGGCGUCCAGGAGGCAUCCAAAACAGAUGCCCAAGCCACUUCAGCUGAGUUCUCUCGAUGUGGAGGAGCAGGGGAUCUACUCCGAGCUUCUCCCAAGUGUCAGAGCUCCUCACCCUGUCUAUAAGGGUGCGCCCUGCCACGCCUUCGAAGGAAACUCAUUUCGGCCGCUUGUUUCCGAGAUCUUGUCCUUUCAGUCAUGACCAUAGGUGAGAGUAGGAACAUAGAUUGACCGGUAAAUCGAAAGCUUUGCCUUUCGGCCCUGCUCCUUCUUUAACACAACAGACUGGUACAUCGACGCAUUACUGCUGCCGCUGCACCAAUCCGCCUGUCAAUCUCAUGUUCUAUCCUUCCCUCACUCAUGAACAAAACCCCGAGAUACUUAAACUCCUCUACCUGGGGUAAGGGCUUUCCUCCAACCUGGAGAUGGCAAACCACCUUUCUCCGGUGGAGCACUAAGGACUCGGACUUGAAGGUGCUGAUUCUCGGCCGUACUUAGCCCGUAGGAGCAGGACCAUCCUCCCGCAAGCCCACCACCUGCAGGGUGAGCCAUAAGGGGCCAGUUUAUUGUGGAACGGGUCAUGGUCGAAGGUUAGGACUUGAAGAUGCUGAUUCUUGGCCGUACUUAGCCCGUAGGAGCGGGACCAUCCUCCCGCAAGCCCACCACCUGCAGGGGGAGCCAUAAGGGGCCAGUUUAUUGUGGAACGGGUGGUGGUUGAAGGUUAGGACCACAACAACUGCUGGAGAUUGUAAAUGACGGCAGCCUUAGGGUCUGUUCACAUAUUGCAUCUUUUCUGCCUUAAAGUUUGUCAUUUCCAAUUAAAGCGUGCGACUUGUGUCCGUAAAUUUGGAGCACUGCCUCAUUCAAGCCGAUAGUGCCGCAAGAUGUCUAAGCGCAUCUUUGCAUUGACUUAAGGUGUAAAUCCCUCAUGCUUGAUUCAUCCACAUCUGGUGUGAAUACACAUUUACUCUAGCAACAGCAAUUAUUAUUUUAGAAGUGCACUAAGCGACUUUCUUCCCCCUGACAAGUUUUUAAGGUGAUCUGUGUUUUAGGUGUAACACAGUAAGGGAAGCUCUAGCAUCUACCUGAAAGAGUUCUAAGACUUCUGGGUCUCCUGGGUUUGAAAAACAAAUGCAGAACGUAUCGUAUGUAAAAAAUAAAGGCAUCAGACAUCAUGUAAAAAGAAAGAGGUAUACACAGGGCCGGCGCUUCCAUAGAGGCGACCUAGGCGGCCGCCUAGGGCGGCAGAAUAGAGAGGGCGGCGUCCCCGAAACUACCCUCACCACCCGC